ACAUGAGUUAUACAUAUCACGGACAGCUGUGAAAAGAACAUAUUCUCCCUCUUUCAAGCCAUACCAUGCUUCCGCCACCAUCAUCCAGACAGAGCAGCUACGUCUAUUCUACCCACGCUCGGCGGGGAUCAUCACCGUCAGCGCCCAAGCGCAUAGCUUCUUUCCGGUCAGUAGCAGAGAAUGCUCUCGGGCUAGAACCAGAGGACGAUGAUGAAGAAGAAGAGCUGAGAGCUGAGUUGGGUGUGGACGAUGAAGUUGCUUUGGCGGAAGAACAGAGGGAAAGGGGUUUAGAGGAGACGCUAGAGACGCUGGGGUUUGGUGCUUAUCACUGGAGACUACUUGCUCUAUGCGGGUUCGGCUGGAUGAGUGACAACUCGGCAUUGCAAUGCAUUGCUGUGAUAUUGCCAAGAGUACAAGUACAUUUCAAUCUCUCAUCGAAAGUAGUCGGGCUUUUAUCGGCGUCAACAAUGGCCGGAAUGAUGAUUGGUGCUGUCGGCUGGGGAGUUGUGUCUGAUCUACUAGGUCGAACAAUGCCUUUCAAUGCUACUUUGUUUCUCACAGGUGUCUUCGGUAUUGGCGCGAGCUUCAGUCCAAGUUUUUCGAUACUAUGUUGUUGGAUGUUCUGUCUCGGUAGCGCAGUAGGUGGCUCUAUGCCAACAGACGGCACGCUGUUCCUUGAAAAUCUACCACAUAGUAAACAGUAUCUCCUCACUUUACUUUCCGUCUUCUUCUCCUUUGGCGCUGUGCUUUCUUCCGUGAUCAGUCUCGUUUUCUUGCCCGGUGCAAGCUGUGGAACUUAUGAUGGCUGCGAUAUCGACAAACACGAGAAUGAUGGAUGGCGAAGAGUGCUAUUUGUUUUAGGGCUUUUUAAUCUCGUAUGUGCUCUCGCCCGAUGGUUUCUUUUCAAGCUUCAAGAAUCUCCUCGAUACCUCGUCUCAAAUGGGCGGGAACGAGAGGCUAUUCUCGCCUUACAAACCAUUGCCGAUUUCAACGACCACACAAUCAACAUUCAGCGUGCAGACGUACAGAGUCGAGAGUGCUCGGCAAUUGAACCUAGUACGAGGCGCAGCUCAUUUGCUUCCCCGUCCAGAGACGAAGAGGGCAUUUCUUACGGAGGUGUGGAGAGUGAUACUGAGAGAAAAAUGAAGAAUCAGCCUGUGCGAAGCGGAUCAUCGUUCUAUAAAGAAGACGAGGAUGACAUGUUUGAACGAUCAUUCAUUCCCACUGAGGGACAGAUCGAAGAAGAAAGGGAAGGGCUGAUGGAGGGCGAGUCGGUGGAUAACGAUGAAGUUGACGCCGAUAUGAGCAGUAGAUCAAAUGAUCGGUUCAAGGCUCAAAUCGAUGGAUGGAAAAAAGCACCUGUAGUCUGGUGGAAAAGCUGGAUAGCUCAGAUGGCGAAGUUAUUCGUACCCCAAUGGAGAAGGACAGUCAUCUUGAUGUGGAUUAUCUGGGGUUCAAUGUCGUACGCGUACACCAUGUUCAAUGUGUGGCUGCCGGCUGUCUUGGAAAGUCGGGCGAAGGGCCACGGCGAUGCAGCUAUCAAAGAAGCGCUCGGUGACUUUGUUCUCUACUCUCUGGCCGGAUGUCCGGGUUCAGUUGUCGGUGCGUGGAUGGUUCAAACUCGACUAGGCCGCCGGAAAUCCCUAGCUAUAUGUACACUCUGCACCGGUCUCUCGACUUUUGCAUUCAUCCGCGUAGAACAAAAAUGGGCUGUGGUCGUAAGCUCGAUGGUCAUUUCUGCCGCGGCUACUGCGAUGUAUGCUGUCCUUUAUGGUAUGACGCCGGAAACUUUUGGGACUUCUAUAAGAGGAACAGCAUGCGGCACAUCAGCAGCUCUUAGUCGACUCACUGGCGUCAUCGCCCCAGUUUCAGCAGGAUUCCUCUUAACGAUAACCCCUUCCCUCCCAGUGUUCACCUCUGCAGCGGUAUUCUGCAUGACUGCGGCUUGUAGUAUGGCGUUACCGUUCGAAAGGGUUGGGGGUACGGGGAGAGGAAGCAGGAUGAUGCAUUGACUCCGAUCCUCGAUUUCCACUCUUGAUUGGUAGCCCCGGAACAAGGAGCUCGCUUGAAUAUCGGGAGAUGCGGCAUCGGUUAUUCUGUAGCAUACGUAGAGUGGCAAAGUGUAGAGAAGUAAUACACCUGC